UGUGACCUCAUAGUUAUGUCAAAUAAGAAUAAAAUAACUCAACGGAUAUUCAUAUUGCAAGAUCCGAACAUCCUUUUCUUGAGAGCACACGAAACAAAGUGGAGCGUGUGAAAGUGCAGCGUAAAAAGAGACUCGAAUACGCUUGCACCGACUAUGAGAAGCCACAGCAUAAAAAUAUUUCCUGGGAAAUAAACAUCUGUUAUAUUUUCUUCGGUGUCAAAUCGAUCGCUCUUGAAUUAUUGAUAUCCCCUCUUGCAAAGAUAUCAAAUUACGCGCUCUCACCUAGUAUUUUGUACCACCUUCCAUUAUCCCCAUACAUUUAUAUCAAAUUAAAUAAUUUCAUAUCAUCAUGUCAUUUAUGCAGGAAGAGGGAUCCUAAAACAUUCUAUCAACUUAUGAGACAGGGACCGCGUACAAUUCAUAAUUUGAAUACUCGCAGAAUGACAGUCUAUAUCGUAUUGCAACAUUUUAAUCUUAACCGAAUUCUCUUACUUAUAGUUGGUUUAUGGCCUUUCCAGCGAUCAAAACUAAUUCAACUUCAGUUAAUGUUAUUUUCCGGUAUUCUAACAACUUUUGUUGUAUUCCAGUUUACAACGUUCCUAAAAUUUGAGUGUACUACAGAUUUUGUUCUCAACAUCUUGUCUUCCUCAUGUUUAUUUUCAUGCGGACUUAUUGAAUAUAGCGCUUUCUGGAUUAAUAACGAUAUUAUAAAACAUGCGAUAAAGAAGCUUCAGCAUAUGUGUAAUGAGCUACAAAACGAAAAUGAAAUUGCUAUUAUAAAAAAGUAUGGUGAUAGAGCCAAAAGCUUAACGAAGAUAUUCACGAUGUUCGCCAUGUGUUGUAUAUUUAGUGCAAUUUUUCUUCAAAUUUGGACGCAUCUAUAUUAUACGGAUAUGUCCAUCAAUACAUCUCGGUCGCUUCGUACAAUGUACAUCAUGACAGAAUAUUUUAUUGAUCGAGAAAAAUAUUGCUAUUUUAUCAUGUUAUAUGAAUAUGCAGCUUAUUGCAUAGCAGGAUUCGCUGCUGUAGGAACAGGAACAAUGCUCUUAGCAAUCCUUCAACAUAUGUGUGGAAUGUUUAGCAUCGUCAGUUUCCGCAUCGAGCAGGCUGUGACAACCAAUAUGCUAUCAGAUCUAAAUCAACAGAAUCAGACUAUAAUUUGUAAGAAGAUCGUUGAUGCAAUAGACAUUCAUCGCAAAACCAUGGAGUUCUGUAAUUUUUUAACAUCCAAUUUUGAAGGAUCAUUCUUUUUUCUAAUACUAGUUGGAAUGAUUUGCUUAGCUAGCAGUCUCGUGCGAGUGGUGUCAUCUAUCAGUGAUAUGAAACAAAUUGUGAUACCAGUUAUAAGUAUAAGUAUUUGCUAUGUAUAUUUGUUUAUAUCUAAUUAUGCUGCACAGGAAGUUAUGGAUCACAAUAAUCGUAUAUUUGACACAGCGUACAACGUUCAAUGGUACGCUGCUUCUGUACGCAUACAGAAAAUGAUAUUAUUUCUUCUGCAAAGGGGCUCUAAAGCUUUUAAUUUGAAUCUUGGUGGAUUAUUUAUUGGAUCUGUGGAAAGUGCUGCUAUGCUGAUGAGUACUUCAAUAUCUUACUUCACAUUUUUAUAUUCGACACGUCAAGAUUAACAUCGUAAUGCAGUACUCAAAAAUAGUUUCAUGCUUAUUACAACUUGAGCACAAUCAUAUGUUCUGCUUAAGAAUUUCAUUUGUAAAAUUGCCAAUUUCAUAGAAGGAAAUUCUAAUCAAAAUAAUUAAUAUCACAAUUUGAGUGUUCAAAAACUGUUUUUCAUAAAAGUAUACUUUAUUGAUAAUUUAAAGUUCACAAUGUGUGUUAAGCAUAGUAUUUUGAAAUUUUAUCGGAAUAUGUAAUUUGGUAAUUAUGCAGAAAAGAUUACACCUCGUGGAUCUUCUUCUUUUUAAUAUAUAUUAUGUUUAAUAUAUGUUUUUAAUAUAUGUUAUGAUAUGUUC